GCUCACUGCGUUUCCGUAGCCAGUUUGCUACCCGCUGAGCCCUGGCUGGGGAAGCAGCUCACGGAAACGAUUGAUCCCGAUCGAAUAACGCCAAAGCUGGCCACAUAAAUGGCGGAUUAACUCCGAUAUCGGCAAGGACUCGCUAAAUCAAUGUUCGUGACUCGGGUGCUUUUGGGGAGUGCGCUGGCAACACCCUCCGUAACAUGUGAGAUGUACACAGAAAGAUAUUAACUGUGCGUUAUUUCGGCUAACUAGCUAGCAAAUACCCCCCCUCCGUCCAAUUUAUGGUAGCUCGCCUGAGCUGUUUUCUCAACCGUCGCGUCCGUACCGGAGGAAAAUGAAGAAGUUUAACAUUCGGAAGGUGCUCGACGGCUUGACAGCGGUUUCUUCGUCCUCCUCCGCCACUGCCCAGCCGGGUACUCCCCGGGAAAACGACGUUGUCCAGGAGACUCUCCAGUCGGAGCAUUUCCAGCUUUGCAAGACUGUGCGUCAUGGCUUCCCAUAUCAACCGUCCUCAAUGGCUUUUGACCCCGUACAGAAAAUCUUGGCCAUUGGGACUCAGACCGGAGCUUUGAGGCUCUUCGGCCGUGCAGGUGUGGAGUGCUACUGUCAGCAUGAGAGCGGCGCUGCUGUCAUCCAGCUCCAGUUCCUGAUCAACGAGGGGGCGCUGGUGAGUGCCUUAGCUGAUGACAGCAUCCACCUGUGGAACCUGAGGCAAAAAAUCCCCGCUAUCCUGCAUUCUCUCAAGUUUAACAGGGAGAGAAUCACAUACUGCCACCUGCCCUUCCAGAGCAAAUGGCUGUACAUCGGUACGGAAAGAGGAAACAUCCACAUCGUCAACGUGGAGUCCUUCACUCUCUCAGGCUACGUUAUUAUGUGGAACAAAGCCAUCGAACUAUCCACCAAGACACACCCAGGACCUGUUGUGCACAUCAGUGAUAACCCCAUGGACGAGGGCAAGCUUCUGAUUGGAUUUGAGUGUGGGGUAGUGGUGUUGUGGGAUUUGAAGUCCAAAAAAGCUGACUACCGCUACAAUUAUGAUGAGGCGAUCCACUCAGUCGCUUGGCACCAUGAGGGGAAACAGUUUGUUUGCAGCCACUCCGAUGGCACUUUGACCACGUGGAAUGUACGAGCCCCAGCCAAGGCUGCACAGAUCAUCACACCACAUGGAAAGCAGCCUAAGGACGGAAAAAAGCCAGAGCCAUGUAAGCCUAUCCUGAAAGUGGAGUACAAAACAACAAGGGCUGGGGACCCAUUCAUGGUCCUGUCUGGAGGUCUGUCUUACGACACAGUGGGGAGGAGAGCCUGUCUGACUGUGAUGCAUGGAAAGAGCACUGCUGUCCUGGAGAUGGACUACCCCAUUGUAGAUUUCCUAACGCUGUGCGAAACUCCAUAUCCAAAUGACUUUCAAGAGCCUUAUGCUGUGGUGGUUCUCCUUGAGAAGGAUUUAGUUGUAAUAGACCUCGGACAAAUUGGAUACCCAAUAUUUGAGAAUCCAUAUCCUCUGACGAUCCACGAGUCACCAGUGACCUGCUGUGAGUAUUUCGCUGACUGCCCUGCUGAUCUUAUUCCUGCACUUUACUCCGUCGGCAGCCGGCAAAAGAGACAAGGUUACAGCAAGAAGGAAUGGCCCGUUAGUGGGGGAAACUGGGGCCAAAACACACAGAGUUAUCCGGAGAUUAUAAUUACAGGACAUGCUGAUGGGUCAAUCAAAUUUUGGGAUGCUUCUGCAUUAAUGCUUCAAGUGCUGUACAAGCUGAAGACUGCCAAGGUGUUUGAGAGGGCUCGCGGUAAGGAGGAGAAGCCCAACACAGAUAUAGUGGACGAGGACCCGUUUGCCAUCCAAACCUUGUCCUGGUGUCCUGAGAGCAGGAUGCUCUGUGUGGCCGGAGUGUCUGCUCACGUUAUCGUCUAUCGGUUCAGCAAACAAGAGAUCACCACUGAAGUUGUUCAGCUUUUGGAGGUGCGGAUGCAGUGCGAGUUUAGCGAUGUGGACUCCCCCGACCCAGGAGGGGAUCAGACCCCCACCCUGCCAACGCCUGGAGCUUCCUCCAGCCCUCAGGAGAGCGAGCCUCCCACUCAGCCCUCCACAGGCAGCAACUCCUCCGACGGGCCCCGAGACAAUAUACCAUGCCUGCAGGUGCGGAGCUCCCCGCUGAAGCAGUCUCCGGGCUACCAGGUGGAGCUGGUGAUCCAGCUGGUGUGGGUGAGUGGGGAGCCGCCUCAGCAGAUCACCAGCCUGGCAAUCAAUUCCUCCUACGGCCUUGUGGUGUUUGGAAACAGUAAUGGUCUGGCUGUGGUGGACUACCUCCAGAAAACUCUGCUCCUCAAUAUGAGCUUGUCGGAGCUGUACAGCCCGUCCGACCCCUACCAGAGGCAGCCUCGCUCCCCACGUAAAACCCGACAGCCCUCUGGAGCGCUUUGUGACUCCAAUGAUGGUUCCAACACCUCAGAGGAUCGCUGCAAAUCACCAACUUCAGGAUCUACCUCACCCUGUAAUUCAGACGAUGAACGAAAGCAGAAGUUCAUAGAUAAGGUGAAGUUCAAAAGCAGACGCUUUUCCAAGACGGUUGCCAAUGACUUUGCCAAGAUGUCACGGAAAAUUAGCUCGUCUAAUGAGCAAAAGACAGACCAGGAGAAAAGGUCCCAACGAUGGCGCUCUCUGACAUGUAAGAAGUGCUCUAGUUGUGUGACUGAUGGGAAGCCGGCGGCCAGGACGCGCCAGAAGGGGGUCCUCUAUAGAACUAAGUCAGACCCCAACUCCUAUGCCAAGGAUAACUCAUUCACCCGCUCACGUAGUUCAAGUGUAACCAGCAUAGACAGAGAAUCUCGAGAGGCCAUCUCCUCCUUUUACUUCUGUGAGAGUUUCCCCAGGAAGGGGGACAGUCUGGUCAGCCCCUGUCUGCUGGUGGGAACCACGCAGGGCUCCGUGAUGAUGGUGGCCCUCAGCCUGCCACCUGGUGGGGACCAGAGGCUGCAGCAGCCGGUCGGCAUCGCCUCCUGUGGCACUAUGGCCCAACUCAAAGGAGGCGUCUUGACGAUGGCUCUGCUCGACGCUGCUGGAACUCUGCUGCCCCCUUCCUACGAGCCAUGGUAUGACCCAAAUGCCUCAGAUGAAGAAAAAGAGAAGAGCAGGAGGCGCAGGCCAGCCUCCCCUCCUUCAUCACAAGAGGGCCAGGACACCCAGUUUGCCGUGCUGUGUUCGGAGAAACAGGCCAAGGUGGUGGCCAUGCCCUCCCAAACCCGCCUCUACAAACACAACAUCACAGAGACCUCCUUCGUGCUGAGAGCUGAUGUCGUGCAGAUGGCCGGGACUAACUGCAUCACCUGCUUCUGUGCUAACGGCCACAUAAUGACUCUCAGUUUGCCCAGUCUGCGGCCUCUGCUGGAUGUCAACUACCUGCCGCUGACAGACAUGCGGAUAGCCAGAACAUUCUGCUUCUCCAACCUGGGUCAGGCUCUGUACCUCACUUCACCUACUGAGAUCCAGAGGAUCACCUACAGCCAGGAGACCUGCGACAACCUGCAGGAGAUGCUCAGUGAGUUAUUUACCCCUGUGGAGACACCAGAGGCUCCAAACAGAGGUUUCUUCAAAGGCCUUUUCGGUGGAGGAGCUCAGUCUCUGGACAGGGAGGACCUCUUUGGUGAAACGGCUUCUGGUAAGGCAUCCCGUAGCCUGGCACAGCACAUCCCCGGCCCAGGCAGCAUGGAGGGCAUGAAGGGAGCAGCAUCGGGAGUCGUGGGCGACCUCGCUCGUGCCAGGAUAGCGCUGGACGAGAGAGGGCAAAAACUGGGCGAGCUCGAGGAGAGAACGGCCGCCAUGAUGGCCAGCGCAGAGUCCUUCUCCAAGCAUGCCCACCAUAUGAUGCUGAAGUACAAAGAUAAAAAGUGGUACCAGCUCUGAUGGCAGCGUGUGGAGCUUCGGACUCUGUAAUCACGCACACCAGUAUCUCUGAGGAGCUGCAGGUCCCUCUUCUUCUUCUCUUCUCUAUUUCUCUCCACCGGGGUGGGGUGGGGUGGGGUUCUGCUCAACAGAAUCAUGCUUUUUUUUCCCCCUCAGCACAAUAUCAUCACUCUGCAUUACCUCAGUCACCGGAGGACUGCUGCAGAGGAGACACUGGCCAACGAUAACGGAAAGAAAUGGAAGAAGAGAAGCUUUUAAGAAUCUCUCUUUUCCAUUUUACCAGAGAAUGAUAAUGAUGAUGUUCGUUUAACACCACAUCAGGAGAGGAGGGGGACCUUUCAUAUCCGUCAUGCACUCGUAUACGUCUCAUAAAUAUAUAUCUACACACCUUGCUGUUUUGUUCUGAAAGAGGAAAGACAAUUCUGCAAAAAAAAAAAAGAAAAUGUACUUGUGGUGGCCUGACUGCAAUUGUUUGUUUUCUUUUCUCUGCCCUUUAUGGUGUCUGCCAAACACAGUGGACUUAAAUGAGGAGAAAAGUCUGAUGACCCCUUGUCCUUCAAAUCUAAUCAGUUCAGAGAACAUGUAAGUUUCUGUAGGAACGAUUGAAUCAGUGAAGGACUUGUGUUUGUUUGUGUUUUUGGUCUAAAUUAUUUUUAAGAGUUUGUCCUCUGCCCUUUUGUUUGUCUGUUUCUUGACUUUUGUCCAGAAAGGGCCUUUCAAGCACUUAGAACAGUAACAUAAAAAAAAUGGACAGGGAGAUGAUGAAUCUGUUGCCUCUCACAGAAUAAGGGCUGGUAGUACACUAGUUCAUCACCGACCAUACCUUUUACAGCAUUUUCCAAUCAAGUUGUUUUAGGCGAGAAGGACAAAAAAAAACUUUCUGAAAGUCACUUUGCUUUUAUUUUGAAAUUGAACUAUUUAUUGGAUCAGUAUAAUAGAAAUGAAGUAAAAGAAGGUUUGUAUGUUGGGCAUUAGAUUUUCUUUUGUUUGAUUUAAAUGCACAAAAGUGCUGAAGAUGUUUACCCCCUAAAUGAAGAGUUUACAUUGAUCCAUCAGAAAAAUGAGUUGAUACACUGGAAUUAAACCCCUGAAAGUCCUGCAUUCUUAGCUUUCGAGGGGCUGUAGCGACGUGAAGGACGACGCGUUGACGGGCAAGUCAAAGAUUGUCCUUGAUAUAAUUAGCAUAAAUGUAUAUUUUGGUUACAAUUUUACGUUUUUCUGUGACAAAGAUCUAUUUAUACACGAUCAUACGGAUUUGUUUUUGGCAUCCUGUCGUAGCCGAAGUUGAUUUUUUUUGUCUAAAUGUGUAGGGAAAAAAGCAUGUGUCUCUUUACAGCACAAUGGAAGUGAUAAUGCUGUCGUUGUAUUUGUAGCUGCCAGUAGAAAUGACCAAGCACAACACGGUGUUCCACACAGUGCCGUUGGUCAUCUCUCUCCGAAAACCAUUCACUCAAAAAUACGGUUUCUCUUCUGCCUUUGCCUCAAGACGCAUAUAUGCUAACCUCUACCUAUGUGUAUAUCUGUGUGUUUGUGAACAUACAUAUAUUCAGGAAUAUGUGUAUGGGCGCCAAUGUUUAUACUACUACAUAGAUGCAGUGUAUUACAAUAGGUCUUUUGAGGUUUUUGUUUUUGCUUGACAGUGUUUUUCAAUGUGAUUAACUAGACUUCUAUUGUAAUUAGAUUUCUUUCUCAUGAGGUGCAAGGAUAUGCUGCUAUUUGUGUCAAUAUAGGAGCAUCAUCUGUCGGUCUUUUAUUUUGAAAAGAGAGACAAGACUUUGUCAGUCCAGAUUGCUGCCAAAUGUUGUAAAUAGUGGGACAGCUGGACACAAAUCUGACAGUGCAGGUUCAGGCAAUGUGACAUACUGUACGCUUGCGGCCAUGUUCUUUUCUGACGCCAAAGAGUUGCUUAAUUUCACAAAGUUGUCUUGAUUUCAGUUUUUGUUUUUCCCCCCAAAUGGUAAAAAGUCAGUCAGGAUGCAUUGACAAUACUCUUAGAAGUCUACUGUGUGUAAAUGGGCGGGCGGGGUGAGAGUAGUAGAUUGGCUUUGCUUCUUGUUUUUGGGCAUGACACCUUCAUUCCUGUCCCAAACUGCUGUACAUGUGCAAAGUGAAUUUGAAGAGUUUCAUUCCAAGAUUUUAUAUCCACCAAAGACAAUGAAGUAACUGUGACUGGAAAUUGAAAAUCGAUCGAAGGCAUGAAGUAAAUGAAGAGACUUUUUCUUUUCUUUUAGACUUUAGAGUAUUAAAUCCUGUGUAUGUAGGAGAUGUCGAGUUAUCAGUCAUACCAAAAAUGUUUUAUCCAAAAUGGAUAUAGAGCAUUUUGGAAUAAAACCCUUCACUUUCAGACGGCUGGUUUUAAUCUUCUCUACUGUGUUCUACUACUGCUGAGAUGUAAACCCAUUAGGAAGAGCAGUUAUGUGGGUUUUGCACUAUUUUUUGUACUUCAGAUAAUUUUGUUAGUAUAAUUUUUUAAAUGUGUUUAUGCUUUUGUGUCCCGUUUUUUUUUUUCUUAUUUUCCAAAAGGACCAAAACAUGACAGAACCUAUGCUUAUCUAUGUCGUUUGCCAAUUAUGCUGAUUGCUUCACUCUCAGAUUUGUUUUCAACGUCAGGUUAAUGAUACUAUGAUAUAUUUAUAUAUUUGAAAACAAAUAUAUAUACUUUUAAUUUCAAUAAUCUAUUAAAAAUGAAUACCUUUAAUGUAAUUUUGGGAUAGAAUAACACACAUUAAUGUCCAAACAAUGGUUGUGCAUAAUUAUCCAUCAUCCAGACAUGACAAUACAACAUUUUCUGGUAUAUAUUGAACAUGCUCAUCUCAGAUUUAAGCUUUGCUACUGCAGGAGGAUCGUCUCCUUUGGGUGGGCCGCUAAGUCUUUCUACAAAGUGUGGCCUCAAAUUUAAAGUGCUUCAGUUUGCAACAUAUAUGUCCUAAAUGGUCUCUUAUUGCACAUUGAAGGAUGCAUGAUAUUAAGUGUUUACAAACUUGAAACAACCACGUAUUAUCCCUCUUAGAGAUUGUCUGUUCUGGCAUUUGUAUUAACCACCAUGUUGAACAAAACUGAAGUUCUCAUCACACAUCCGACGCGUGUCCCGUUUUCAUUUGACCAUGCCAAUUGUACACGUGUGAGAGAUUAUAUUUAUUUUACUGGUACAUCUGUUAAUGUUACUGUUUUUUGCUUCAUGGAAACUCUUUGCUUUUCCUGCGCUGUAGAAAACGCAUUGAAAACCGAAGCUCGGCUCGCAGCAGCGUGCAGGAGAGCUCAAGGGUUUCUCGGUCACAAUUCUUCCGUCCAUCUGUCUUCUGGGAUGAAUAUCUGUGGAGUUGCAGUAUUUUCUCAUAGUAGGCAAUUUUUGUACAGUUUUAUUAAAAUAAAUUUCACAUGGAUGUCUGACUUAAUCUGCUGCCACAAACAAUUUAGACUGUAGAUACAGUAUAUAUAGAUAUUAUUGUGCAAUGGAAAAUAAAUGUAAAACCAAUCAUAAAGA